AGUGCUCUGUCUCCAUGAUCCCCAUGCAGUGGUUAGUCCCUGUUGCAGAACCUGGAAAGCCAACCUGAAGUCCUGUCACUUUGUGUGUGUUUUGUCAUUUAUGCUCUUCGUUCAUCUCAGACAAAAGUGUUUCUUCAGCUGGUGGACAGGUUCUCCAUGUGGAUUGGUUUGUUGCGGCACACUGUUUCUCUCUGCCUUUUUUGCUCUGUUGGCUGCCUUACAAGACCAGUGACCAGGGAGUUACCAGCAAGUGCAUCAUCUGGAGUUUACCACCACCAUCUGAUUACUGCAUCAAGUUAGCCUCAGUGUUAAAGAAGAAGAAAGAAAACCAAACAGACUUUACCAUCAUGGCUUCUUUUAAGCUGGAUUUUCUCCCCGAGAUGAUGGUGGACCAUUGCUCUUUGAAUUCUAGUCCUGUUGGAAAGAAGAUGAAUGGGUCUCUGGACCACCCUGACCAACCAGAUGUUGAUGCGAUCAAGAUGUUUGUGGGACAGAUUCCACGGUCCUGGUCCGAGGAGCAGCUCCGUGAGCUGUUUGAGCCUUAUGGAGCUGUCUAUGAGAUUAAUGUUCUUCGAGACCGUAGCCAGAAUCCACCACAGAGCAAAGGCUGCUGUUUUAUAACGUAUUAUACUCGCAAAUCAGCCUUGGAAGCACAGAAUGCUCUGCACAACAUGAAGAUUCUGCCAGGGAUGCAUCACCCAAUCCAGAUGAAGCCUGCUGACAGUGAGAAGAACAACGCUGUGGAGGACAGGAAGCUGUUUAUUGGAAUGAUCUCUAAGAAGUGUAAUGAGAACGACAUCCGACUGAUGUUCUCACCAUAUGGACAGAUAGAGGAGUGCCGAAUACUGCGAGGCCCUGAUGGACUCAGUCGUGGUUGUGCGUUUGUGACAUUCACGGCAAGACAAAUGGCCCAGUCAGCCAUCAAAUCCAUGCACCAGUCUCAGACCAUGGAGGGCUGUUCAUCACCCAUCGUGGUGAAGUUUGCAGACACUCAGAAGGACAAGGAGCAGAAGCGCAUGGCCCAACAGCUGCAGCAACAGAUGCAGCAACUCAGUGCUGCCUCCAUGUGGGGGAACCUCACUGGGCUCAACAGCCUGGGGCCACAGUACCUAGCAAUCUACUUACAGUUGCUGCAGCAGUCAGCCUCCACAGGGAAUGCACUCAACAACCUGCACCCUGUUUCAGGUCUUAAUGCCAUACAGAACCUGGCCGCUUUAGCAGCAGCAGCAACUGCCACACAGGCCACGCCCACAGGCUCCAGCGCCAUGACAACAUCUAGUAGCCCACUAAGUGCACUAACAAGCUCAGGCUCCUCUCCCACCUCCAGCAGCAACUCCUCAGUGAACCCUAUGUCUUCUUUGGGUGCUCUGCAGUCUCUCGCUGCUGGUGCUGGAGCUGGCCUCAACAUGGGCUCCCUGGCAGGCAUGGCGGCACUAAAUGGCAGCCUUGGCUCCGGAGGCCUGUCUAAUGGCUCAGGAAGCACCAUGGAGGCCCUGAGCCAGGCUUACUCAGGCAUCCAGCAGUAUGCCGCUGCCGCUGCCAUCCCCAGUCUGUACAACCAGAGUCUGCUGCCCCAGCAAAGUGUGUCAGCUGCAGGCAGCCAGAAAGAAGGUCCAGAAGGUGCCAACCUUUUCAUUUACCACCUGCCCCAGGAGUUUGGAGACCAGGAUUUGCUGCAGAUGUUUAUGCCCUUUGGAAACGUCAUCUCUGCUAAAGUCUUCAUUGACAAACAGACAAACCUCAGCAAGUGCUUUGGCUUUGUGAGCUAUGACAACCCCGUGUCAUCACAGGCAGCCAUCCAGUCAAUGAAUGGUUUCCAGAUCGGUAUGAAGAGGUUGAAGGUGCAGCUGAAGCGCUCAAAGAAUGACAGCAAGCCCUACUGAUGGUGCUGAGGCACUGCAGAGUUAGUUAGGCAGGGUGGUGUUAUGGUAAGUGGAGUAUGAAUAAGACUGGUCCACAGAAACUUGUCUGUGCAUUUCAGGGUGGUGUCUGCUGCGCUGCCUCUCCUGGUCAUUGUACCGUGUCCAGGCAAAGACACACAUGAAGCUACAUGCAAGAGCUUUUGGGCUAGACUGGAUUCUUCCUGUGUUCUGUUGUGGUUUAUGCACUUUGUUUUCAUUUUAACAAAUAAGAGAAACAGGUGUAUUUUAAUUUAAGUUGAAAUGUUAUCAGUUUGCUGUGGUACAUAAUAAACAUGAGUUCAUUGUUAGGAUAUGUUGCACUUUGACAGUCAGGUGCCAAAACCAUGUGUUUUUUACUUCCUGUUCCCCCUCCACUCCACCACUGCCCAGACUCACUUUAAAGCUCCCUCACACAGAGCUACAUCAGAUUAGAGAACAGAAGUCAUCACUUUUCUUUUGCAAACCAAAUGUGUGGUUUCCCCUCUGUAUUAGGGAUCUGUAUCAUCUCUUAACAUGGAAACCGUGUAUGUGAUUUACACCUAAAUUAGUAGUGAGGUACAGAGACUCAGAUUGUUCUUAAGGAGGAGCUCCACUAACACAUGCAGACAUAUGGACACAUGCAGAGUUUGUAAAAUGUGUGCGUCUUUGGUAGUGAGAGCAUAUCCUUCAUCAGUGACUGCUGUGACAGUUGGGCUGUAAGCAGCCUGUUCUUGUUCUCUGGUGUUUCCACUGAGUUAAAAUGAGUGAGUUCAGGCUUACGUCCUCCUGUAACGUCCCUGAUAGAAGGAGAGAAGCUCGAUGAUCUCCGUUAACAGUUCUCCUCUGAGUUCUGACAGCACUGCCACCUGCCUGUGACUCUCAUAUCAAGAUGACACAUUAAUGCUAGUCUGUGUUUGAAGUGUCUGGCAGCUGUUGCAUGGCUUACACUAAUCAAGCGGUCUCAAGUAGAUGACCACACGUUUGCGUUCAGGUUUUGUUGUGUAUAAAAAUUGGCUGGAAUUGAUUUCUGUAUGACACAAAUAUUCUUCUUCUGUUCAACAGUGUGUUUUCUUUUAGUUUCCAAACUUUCUAAUGCAGCUGAUAUUGCAUGUGUGAGUAUAGUCGAACCCCAGCAUGUUUUGGUGGUGCUCCUUCUGUGCUGCUGCACUCUGAGCGACUCAGAUAAAUACAAGUCUGUCUAAUUGAGAUUCAAAGCCUCAGUGAAAUAUAUUUUCUGGUUUUAGUUUGUUUCUACUUUGAAUCCAGGUGAUUUUUUUAAAGAUUCAUCGCACCCCCAGCUACUGUCCUGCUAGUUAGCGGCCAGCUAAACUACAGAGGGCUACACCACUUUGUCUCUCACUGGAUCUCUUCUGUGAUUGGAGAACUCAUAUAAAUGUUAAAUUGCUCAAGACAAACAUGUUAGUUGAUUAGACUUCCAGAAAAUCAUGUGUAAGUGCGUGUGUGCGUGCGUGUGUGUUUUUUUUAAAUAGAACUAGUUGGCAAGACAAUUGUUGAGAUGUAUAUUUAAACUAUUUUGCCUUUUCUAUUUUUAUAUAGGUUUUAUACUUCCCCUGUGUGUUGGGGAACUAUUUAUUGCCUAAAUUAUUUAUCUGAAUUGAAAUUAUUUUGAAAGACAAAUGUGAAGUCCAACAAACUCCACUUGAUCUCCUGGUGUGUGUCCUCUCUUUGCCUGUUCAGCGUUGUUUCCUUUUUGGUGAUGUUUACUAUGUGUCAGUGUGGCAUGGACUGUGUGUGUAGGAUCCAUCAGUGCUGCUACAGACUUCAUAGAACCCCCUCUCUGUCAUACAUGCCUCCAUCUGAAUAAAUAAUUUGCCAAAAAAAAAA